AUGGCAGAAAAAACUGUUGGAUACGCCGCCAAGGAGGCCAAGGGCCGCCUGGAGAAAUUCGAGUUUGAACUUGACUCGCUUGAGCCCGAGUAUGUUGAAGUCGAGGUCACCCACUGCGGUGUCUGUCAUUCUGACAUUAGCCUGGUGGACGGCGACUGGGGUUCAAUGUGUGCGUACCCAAAGGUCCCCGGACACGAGGUCGUUGGCAAAGUGACGCAGGUAGGCUCGGCGAUUCGCGAGAGCGAGUUCAAGCCGGGCAUGCGAGUUGGCGUCGGCUGGUGGAAGCAGGCAUGUGGAGACUGCACUUUUUGCAAGGACGGUGACGAACAGCUGUGCCAAAACGGCCGAACUACAUGUGCUGGCCAGGAGAAUGGUGGCAUGGCCAGCAAAUGGCGUGGGCACAAGACGGGUGUCUUUCCCAUCCCCGAUGGCCUUGAUUCUGAGACCGUCGGCCCCCUGAUGUGUGGCGGUGUUACAGUGUACAGCCCCUUGAUCAAGUUCUCGGCCCCCUCUGAUGCCGUUGGCGUCCUGGGCGUUGGUGGUCUCGGACAUAUGGCUGUCAAGUUUGCCCGGGCGCGCGGCUCGCGCGUUGUGGCCUUGUCACACUCCGAGAAGAAACGCGACGAGGUGCUGGCCAUGGGUGCACACGAUUUUGUCAACACGGAAAACAAGGAAGAGAUGAAGCGCUUCGAGAACCAAUUGGGCCUUUUGAUUGUGACAGUCAACGUUCCUCUGGACUGGAAUGGCUUUUUGAAGCUGCUUCGUCACAAGGGCACUCUCUGCUUUGUCGGUGCUGUGCAGGAGGAAGCGAAGAUUGCCAUUUUUGGCGAGUUGUUGUUCAAACAACUCAACAUCGUGGGUUCUUGUGCAGGUGGACGCAAGGCGACCGAGGAGAUGUUGUCAUUCGCCGCUUUGCAUGGCAUUGGCGCCAAGGUGGAAGUAUUUGAGACUGACAAAGUGAGUGUGUCGCGCAAACUAGCAACCUCUCCGCGUAAGCGCUGCCAGUGCGGGCCCAACCUUUGUCUCACGAGCAUCUUGCUGCUUCUCCAUGCGCGCGCCAACAUGGAUGCCUUUUGCUUCACUGGACAGAUCAACGACGCCUUUGACAAGGUCCGCAAUGGUGACAUGCACUAUCGAGGCGUGAUCAAGUUUUAA